CCGUCGGCACGCGCAGACAGCAGGGAGCAGCUGCAGGAAGAGGACGUCUGUUAACGUUUCUCUGCAUUGCUGAGCGUGACACAUUACCGUUGAAACUUUAAACAUUUGCGAAUAACAUUGUACCAACGACAACUAAAAUGGUAGAUCGCGAGCAAUUGGUGCAGAAAGCCAGGUUGGCCGAACAGGCUGAAAGAUACGAUGAUAUGGCAGCAGCCAUGAAAUCGGUGACCGAGUUGAAUGAGGCCUUGUCAAACGAAGAGAGAAACUUGCUCUCCGUGGCCUACAAGAACGUGGUGGGGGCGCGGCGCUCGUCCUGGCGGGUCAUCUCCAGCAUCGAGCAGAAGACCUCGGCGGACGGCAACGAGAAGAAGAUCGAGAUGGUGCGCGCGUACCGCGAGAAGAUCGAGAAGGAGCUGGAGACAGUUUGCCAGGACGUGCUCAACCUCCUGGACAACUUCCUGAUCAAGAACUGCAACGAGACGCAGCAUGAGAGCAAGGUGUUCUACCUAAAGAUGAAGGGCGACUACUACCGCUACCUGGCGGAGGUGGCCACGGGCGAGAAGCGUGCCGGCGUGGUGGAGUCCUCCGAGAAGUCCUACAGUGAGGCCCACGAGAUCAGCAAGGAGCACAUGCAGCCCACCCACCCCAUACGCCUCGGCCUGGCGCUCAACUACUCCGUGUUCUACUACGAGAUCCAGAACGCGCCCGAGCAGGCCUGCCACCUGGCCAAGACCGCCUUUGAUGACGCCAUCGCCGAGCUGGACACCCUGAACGAGGAUUCCUACAAAGACUCAACGCUCAUCAUGCAGCUGCUUCGGGACAACUUGACACUGUGGACGAGCGACCAGCAGGACGACGAGGGAGGCGAGACCAACAACUAAAGGGUCCCUACAAGGGGACCCCCCUGUGUCCUGUUUCAGCCAAUACACACAACACACCCGCUCACAAAUGACAACAAAUUAAAAAUUACAAUAAAAUACGUUCUUAGAAAUUUUAAAAUGUUGGCUGGUGGAACUUUGGCAGCAACUUUCGCCGGCUGACGUCUGCAGCUGCAGUACUUUAUUUUUCCACGAAUUUAAAAAGAGAUGAAAAAUUUGAAUUCAAAAGAGGAUUGGGGGGGAGUGGAUUUGAGAUUUUAGUGUAGUUGGAGGGAAAACAAUAGAUGAACCCCUUUCUACUUGAUUGCCUCAGCAACAUUUGCCAAAAUACCACUUGAGAGGUAGAAGGCUUGUGUGUCAGUCAGUCAGUCGGUGAGUACAGUGUGGCUGUGAGGUUAUCAGUGAUAACCUCACACUGGCGUAGAGACUGUCCUUAUGGCGCUAAAUGAAGUGGAGCUGCUUAUUUAAACUUACCUGGCGGCAGAGGAGGAGUGUCCAGAAUCGUGAGGGGAGAUCGAAGCUUCCGCAAAAAGAAAAUUAAUAUAUAGAGCAUUAAAAAAAACUUGAAUGUCAUCGCCUCGCAAAAAAAAAAAAAGAAAGUGUUGCAAAUAGGUUCCCGAGCGGGAGAGCGGUGUCGUACCUAAAGCUAGCCACCUUAGACGUAACAACAUGGAAUCCCAAAGGUGUACGUCUCCUUGUAAUGGUCGUUGUUGUGUUCUCCGUGAUUGACAUACGCAACUGAUGAUCUGUUCCCAUGAUUCCAGGAUUACAUUUGUACCCAGUCAAACUAAAGUAGGAAUACAGAGAAUAUAUAGCCAGUACAGCACUCUUAUGCGCUAUGCGAAACAUAACCAUCUCUGAGCAUCUGGUUUGUUAUUGAUAUUGUUGUUAGUCGUCCCUUACUACUAACGUGGAUUUCAGACGAAUAUUCUAAAUACAAAGGAAAUUACUAAAACAAAGAAAUGAAAAUAUACUGUGGAUGUGUUUUGAAUUUAAAAUUGUUAAACUGAAUCUUGCACCCUAAAAUACGCUACAUUUAUGUUUACAAAAAUCACUUGAAUCCCUGAAGUGACAGUCGACUGGAAGCGCGUGCUCUAUCGGUGGACAAAACAUGUUUUUUUGGACAGAGCUUUGGCAACAUAAAAUGGAGGAUGAAUCAAAAAGCAUCUUUGAGGUUUGUGGAUUUUCUUUUCGUGUUGACUUUUUUCAAUUGUCAGGAAAUGCACUUGCAUAUACUGUUUCUUCAGUGUAAGACGAUAACUGCUCCAAUAUUCUCUCUGAUACAAUAUUGUGCAUGCCGGUGAUGUAGUUAAACAAUAGCUUGACUUCAUUAUUAUUAACUUAUACUAUAGACGUUAGGUAUUCAUAUGAACAUGAAAUUACUAGACUUCGAUCUCAUUUGUUUUCUAUUUAUCCUUUAUAUUGGAUCGUUGAAAUGUUACUUUAAUCUGUGUUUUCUUUACUCCAUUUGCUGAAAGUACGCUAUACCAAAACGGUGAUUGUUAACAAUAAAUUGAUCUGUAAUGGAAAUUGCUAUAGUGA